AUGUCUAGCGGUAUGACGAGCAUUGUAUCAAUUCUAAACAACGACGACCACCCGUCGUUUGCAGUCCGGUCCAAUCCGAGACUCACCCGUACCAACACCUCGCCCUCGCAUUACCCCCAGCAACAGCAUCCGCAUCAGCUUCCUCCGCCUGUCAGUGAUCCGCAGUAUGCCCGCCCACAUGCUUCAUCCAAGUCUCCUUCGGCAUCCCCACGAGGCACACGGCAUCUCUUCAACCCAGCAGCAGAGACGGCUCAGCCUACAUCACCGGGCUCUUCGGAUGGCUCCGCCUAUGACUAUUUCAGCAGUCAAGCUUCAUCGUCAGCUUACCACCCGUACGCUCGGCAGGACCUGCGACGGGAUCCAUUCCGCUACCCAUCUCGCGGGCCAGCCGCUCCGCGAACACCACCCGAGAUUCAUGCCAGCACAGCAACAGAGGCAAAGUCUUCACAAUCCGGCAACACUCGUGGGACAGGGCGUAAGAAUAAAUACCCAUGCCCAUACGCCGCGAGUCAUGGCUGCUCGGCUACAUUCACGACAUCGGGCCACGCAGCCCGGCAUGGGAAGAAGCACACCGGCGAGAAGAGCGUCCACUGCCCCAUUUGCAACAAGGCAUUCACACGCAAAGACAACAUGAAGCAGCAUAUCCGCACCCACCGCACCCAUUCAGACGACAUGCGAUCUACUCCUUCAGAAACCGAUGGCGAGGCUCGAUGGGCCUUGCCUCUACCGGAUUCGGGCUAUACCCCUCAAGCUCAUAGUCGGACGGUCAGCCAGUCGACAGAUGCCAGUACGACAAUGCCCCCACCCAGCUAG